UCUCCAUUGGCUUUACAAAUUUGAAUGUGUACGACGUUGGAGGCGCCAGAAGCGAACGAAAGAAGUGGAUUCAUUGCUUCGAGAACGUCUCAGCCAUUAUCUUCUGUGUUGGGAUGAGUGAGUACGACCAGGUUCUGCUAGAGGAUUCCAACCAGGUAUGGGCUUAGGUAACCGAAUGAUGGAAAGCAUACUACUCUUCGACUCGAUUGUCAACUCGCGAUGGUUCCUGAAAACAAGCAUAAUCCUUUUCAUGAAUAAGAUCGAUCUCUUCAAAGAGAAGCUGCCUCACUCUCCGCUUGAAAAGCAUUUCCCGGACUACAAAGGCGGUGCCGACCUCAACAAAGCAGCCAAGUACGUUCUCUGGCGAUUUAAUCAAGUAAAUCGCGCCCAUCUGCACCUCUACCCGCACCUCGUGCAGGCUACCGAUACCAGCAAUAUGGAGAUUGUAUUGAAGGCUGUGGAGGAGACGAUUUCGCAAAAUGCAUUGAGGGAUAGCGGGGUGGUGUAGGCGAGUUGGGCGACGGAGAUGGUGAACAUCGUCUUGCUGGCGGCGGAUUACGUCGUGCGCAGCAUGCAGUCACCGAACCACGUAAUCCUCGUACUUUCAACAGCAAAGCGAGUGAU